CAGCCAAAAACCCUAAUUCCCUCUCUCUCUCUCACUCUAGCAAUGGCCGCAGCGGCGCGUCCUCUUGUCACCGUGCAGUCCAUCGAGGGGGACAUGGCCACCGACGCAACCCCAACCGUCCCUCUCCCUGACGUCAUGAAGGCCUCCAUCCGUCCCGAUAUCGUCAAUUACGUCCACUCCAACAUCUCAAAGAACAGCCGCCAGCCCUACGCCGUCUCCCGCCGCGCCGGUCACCAGACCUCCGCCGAAUCCUGGGGAACAGGUCGUGCCGUUUCCCGUAUCCCCCGUGUCCCCGGCGGCGGUACUCACCGUGCCGGCCAGGGAGCCUUCGGAAACAUGUGCCGCGGUGGUCGAAUGUUCGCUCCAACCAAGAUCUGGCGCCGCUGGCACCGCAAGAUCAACGUCAACCAGAAGCGCUACGCUGUCGUCUCCGCCAUCGCCGCCUCCGCCAUUCCCUCACUCGUCCUCGCCCGCGGACACCGGAUCGAGACCGUACCUGAGCUCCCACUCGUCGUGAGCGAUUCAGCCGAAGGAGUCGAGAAAACCAAGGAGGCGAUCAAGGUUCUGAAGCAGAUCGGAGCUUUCUCUGACGCUGAGAAAGCGAAGGACAGCACUGGCAUUCGACCAGGGAAAGGGAAAAUGAGAAACCGCAGGUACAUCUCUCGCAGGGGUCCUCUUAUUGUGUAUGGAACUGAAGGAGCUAAAGCGGUUAAGGCUUUCCGCAACGUUCCUGGUGUUGAGGUUGCGAAUGUUGAGAGGCUCAACCUUCUGAAGCUCGCACCUGGUGGACACCUUGGAAGGUUUGUGAUCUGGACCAAGUCUGCUUUUGAAAAACUGGACUCUAUCUAUGGAUCUUUCGAGAAGCCCUCUGAGAAAAAGAAGGGUUACAUUCUUCCAAGGUCCAAGAUGGUGAACUCUGACCUAUCUAGGAUUAUCAACUCUGAUGAGGUUCAAUCUGUUGUGAGGCCCAUUAAGAAGGAUGUGAAGAGGGCAACUCUCAAGAAGAACCCACUCAAGAACCUCAAUUGCAUGCUGAGGCUCAAUCCUUAUGCUAAGACUGCUAAGAGGAUGUCUCUUCUCGCUGAGGCGCAGCGCGUUAAGGCUAAGAAGGAGAAGCUGGAUAAGAAGAGGAAGAACAUUUCUCAGGACGAAGCUUCUACCAUCAGAGCUGCAGGAAAGGCCUGGUACCAUACUAUGAUAUCUGAUUCCGAUUAUACAGAGUUCGACAAUUUCUCUAAGUGGUUGGGUGUUUCGCAGUAGAGUUUAUCUAUUAUGUUUUCGCAUUAGAUUUUUGUUUUGUAUGCUUAUUUGAACUAAAUAUAUUUGGUUUUUUGGUUUUGCGGGUUGAAUUUUAUCAUAAUGUUAUGGAGACGAUAUGGAAAUUUUGUUCCUCUUAUUUUAGUGCAAAU